UCCGCCGGACGUUACGUUUGAAACGGAAUACCUAAUGACACUCGAUUACGAACGAAUCGCCAACGAACUUUAUUUGAUGGGUCUGUCUACAGUCGAUGGCGACAGGUCAGUCUUUGGCGAGUGAUCAUCGAAAUUCGACGUCGGCGGGCAUCGAGAUUCUCGGAAUGGACAGCGCACAGUACGGAUACCUGCGAUUGAACAAGAACAUGCUCUUUAUAAUGGGCAUCUGGCCUUAUCAAACCGUUCAGCACAGAAGUUUCGCGUCGCUGGUUUUCAUUCCCGUCAUUAUCGCUCAACUGAUUCUACAGGCCGGCGGAUUUGUGACUGCCAUAAUUGCCGACGAUCUCGAAGCGUUUCUGGAAAGUUUCGCUCCUCUAAUGAUCAGCUUCAUGUGUAUCUCUAAGUAUAUCAAUUUCUUUUACAAUUUCGAGCAGAUGAGACGUUUGCUGGACAUAAUGCAGGACGACUGGAGAAUUUAUAAAAAGCGGAGGAACGAGUAUGAUCUGCUUAACGAACAAUACACGAUAGGGAAAAAAUUUGUCACCGGUUUCGUAGUUUCUUUACUCGGAUUCAUAACGCCGUUUGCGACCGUGCCAUUGGUGCUGAAUGCAGCUGACGCUUUAGGACUCUGCAAUAUAUCGGACGAUCGACCGUUGCCAUUCCGUAUCGAACAUUUCGUUAACGUGGACAAAUACUACAAUGUUCUCUUGAUACAUUCGUUCUUUGGCACGUUAGGGUAUACUCUGAUUGUUCUAGCUGUCAACUGCAUGAUGGUUACGUACGUUAUACACGAGAGUGGUCUUUGUGAAAUUCUAAGAGUGAGGCUAGAGAACUUCGUGGAGAUCGACACUGCGGACGUAGAUCUUCAUCCGAGUAAACGCGACGACAAAUGGUACGAAAAUGCCAGGGACUGCGUGCUAUUGCACAAACACAUAAUCGAAUUCGCCAACAUACUCGAGGACGCGAACACGACGUGUUACCUCAUCAUGAUUGGAUUCGACAUGAUUUGCAUAAGCUUCACGCAGUUUCAGACGGUGAUCAAUUUGGAAAAUCCGCCGUUGGCGCUCAGAUACGUCUCGCUCUCGGUUUGUCUGCUGUGCGACCUUUUGUUCAUCAGCUGGCCAGGGCAACAUCUGACGAAUUCUAGCGAACGUAUAUUCGAAUUUGCAACGAACGGCAAAUGGUAUCAAUCGUCGAUAAGUUGCAGGAAACUUUUGACGAUGAUGCUGGCGAGAAGUCUGAGGCCGCUGAAAUUAACAGCCUGUAAAUUGUACACUUUGAAUUUACAGAGUUUCAGUGCGGUAAGAUUUGCAUUUUGA